CAACCGGCUCCGUGCCACUUGUCCUGCAACUUGUGAAUGGGCAGACCAUGCCUGUCCUUCCUGGCCCUCCUGUUCAGAUGCCUUCUGUCAUAUCGCUUGCAAGGCCGAUGUCCGUCGUGCCAAACAUUCCCGGUAUCCCUGGUCCUCCAAUUGUCGGCUGUGGCUCCAUUUCACCAUCAGGCCUUCCAAUGCAAUCGGAAGCUAAAAUGAGGCUGAAAGCUAGCCUGACUCAAGGGGUCACUUCCUCCCUAAACGGCAGCAGCAUGAUGGUUGCAUCAGCUAGCACAAUGGUGACGUCUCGACCCGAACAGGGUCAAAUACUCAUCCAGCACCCUGAUGCUCCAUCUCCAGCACAACCACAGGUUUCCCCAGCUCAGCCCACACCUAGCACUGGCGGCAGACGGAGACGCACGAUGGAGGAAGAUCCGGAUGAACGCAGGCAACGUUUCUUGGAGAGGAACCGCGCUGCAGCCUCCCGCUGCCGUCAGAAACGCAAGAUCUGGGUUAAUUCCUUGGAGAAGAAGGCCGAGGAGCUCACAACACAGAACAUCCAACUAAGUAAUGAAGUUACACUAUUAAGGAACGAGGUUGCUCAACUCAAACAGCUACUGUUGGCUCACAAGGACUGCCCGGUCACUGCAUUACAGAAGAAAACACAAGGCUAUCUCGAAAGCCCAAAGGAGAGCUCUGAGCCUACAGGUUCUCCGGCUCCCGUCAUCCAGCACAGUUCUCUGACUGCCUCCUCCAACGGGCUGAACGUCUGCUCUGCCGCCGAAGCUGUUGCCACCUCGGUCCUCACUCAGAUGGCAAACCAAAGGACAGAACUGAACAUGCCCCUGCAGUCGCACGUCAUUAUGGCUCCGCAGUCCCAGUCUGCUGGCAGAUGAUGUCUCCAAUCACGUGACAUAGAACUAACAAUGAGAACUUGCAGCCGGAGAGACUGAUCCGUAACUAAGCCCCUUGAUCAAAACGGGGUGGAUACCAUUUUUGUUUUUGCUUCUUUUCUUUUCUUUUUUGUUAAAAGUGAGUUAAGUGCAACUAUGGAGCUUUUAACACAACACAUCCCUUCCUGGCCCAAAGUAGUUGUCACGUGACCACCUGUUUCCAAAGGAUGACUUCGGACUGAACAACUUCACCUUCUCUUAGGGCAAGAUCACUCAUGUUGAACCAACAGCGCUCAGUGUGGUCUUAAAUGGUUACGGUUCAGGUAUAAAUUAUGUUAACACUAAGCCUCCCUUAGCUUAGCUCCUCAUGGUGCUUUCCUGAGUUGGCCCGCUUGAGCAAAGCGAAACCAAAUGCCUCACGGGGAGGCUGGGAGUUUUAGCCUGUGCUGUCAGUUUUCAGUUUGUGGCACUCCAGUGCUUUCAGCCAUCUCUGGUGUGUCUGUUGCCACUGUAGCUGGCCUUGAAUUCUGCACUUUCGCACAGGACCCCUUGGCUCUGAAGGUGGUAAGCUCCAUAACUUUGCGGAUUUGAUCUCCUCUUCUGUUUUCUUCCCCACCUUCCCAACCCCCCCCCCCCCCCCAAGUUCUCCAAAAUUAUUUUGUGAACCACGUAAGAGAUUUCAUCGUUGGCUGCUGCAAUGUACGGGUGAGCGCAGGUGCAGUGGUGAAAACGGCAAAGCUUUUGCAUGUUUCUCCGAUCGCCUAGCCUGAAGCAGUGCAUGUUAUCGGGGCUGAGUGUGUCCUCCUUCCUUGAUCACUGUUUGUCUGGCACUGCAUCCCGAGAAACUCUGCUUUCAUGACUAGAGGUUCAAGCCCUUGCGGCUGUGGAUGUAUGCUAUAGAAGUAUCUCAGGGGUGCAAGGAGGAGUGGUGAUCAGUAUUCCUGGUAGAGGGAGAGUAGACCUACAGCAUCCAGCAGAGUUACCUUGCACCCCACCCCUAGCAGGAUACGAAAUCUUUCUGUAUGUGUUACAUGCAUGCGUAUAUGCGCAAUAUAAAUCAUGCUAUUCUGAAGGUUGGGCACUGGGUUGAUGACUCACACAAGGGUGAGUUGAGACAGCUUGGCAGCUGCUUGGCUGCAGAAAGCUUCUCUGUGAGUCAUGAAUUUUGAAAGACUGAGAACCCGAUUCUAAAACCCUGCACAUUUCAAGGGAUCAUCUGUCAUACCGAACCCAACGAACUUAUCAAGAUUGUGGCCUUAAAUCAUGGAUUGUUUGUUUCAGAGGAUGAAAGGAUCAGGUGAUCGUUUCAACUUCCUUCCCUCUUAUCUAUUUUCGUUCUUUCUAGAAUUUCUCUAGCCUCUUUUCCCACGUAUCCCCUUCAGAACAAAAUUAGGAUUCUCAAAUCAUUGGUGUCCAUUUAAGACACUUGAAAAGGCAUUUGGAAUUGUUGCUUCUUAUUACCAAGGCCUGUUUGUGCGUGCGUGUAUGUGUGUGUAUUUGUCUCUAUAGUUUGUCAUGACCUCUUGCUUGCCUGAUUUUUUGCUUGAAUCUCAAUCAGUGGGUCAUGCAUGGAGGAUAUUCUGUGGCACUUGAACUGUAACUGUUGGCUCCCUUGGAGCCCAUUAAAUGUCAACUAGUCCUCCUCUUCAUCAUAUGCAUUUUCAUUUCAGUCAUCCCCUGUCAGUGGGUCUUUGUAUGCGUGCAGCCAAAUCAUAUGACGUUCACUAUUCAAAUUUACUUACUGGAGUGUGAGUGGACACAUAAAUGCUCUCUCUCCAACCUGUUCAGGGCUGGCAUUGUCAACAGCACAAUGCGAACAUGUUAAAACUUCUGCGGGGGCGGGGGGGGUUGGGGUGGGCGUGGACUCUCUUCUUACCACUGUUCUGGCUUCUCAGGACAUCAGCCUCAAUGUUUCUUGACCCAUUUCCUCUCUUGCCUGACAUUUUUCUUUCAUGACUCCCCUUCACCUCUUAGUCAUCUUGCCUUUCCCCUUUCUUUAAAAACAGCAGGAAACUUUAUUCCAAAUGUCUGCAGAGUUCCUAUCAUUUUUUGCCCUUCCCCGUUCAUUUGAUCUGGAGAAAAUGCACAUGGGCAAAGUGUUUUGAAUAUAACUGCUCCCAACAGGAUCUCUGUUUCCUUAGUGACAUCUAUGAUUAAAAUAUGUAGCAGGUGCAGUCGGAAUCCUCGAAGGGUAAUGCAAAAAGAAAGGAAGUUUGAUUUCUGAAGGAUAGAGUUCAGCAGCGGACUUCUUUCUUUCACUGUCUGUCUCUUUGCACCCUUCAAAGUCUAAGGAUACUGGCUGUUGGGGGUUUUCCAGGCUGCGUGGCUGGGGUCUAGUAGUUUUUGCUCCUAAUGUUUUGCAUAUGUCUGUGGCUGGCACCUUCAGAGGCAUGUCACAGAUGCCAGCCAUAGAUGUGGGUGAAACGUUAGGAGCAAAAACCAACAGGCCGUUGGCCCCACAGCCCAGAAAUCCCACAACAUCCGGUUGAUUCCAGCUGUGAAUGUCUCCGUUAACACAUGUAAGGAUACUGUUUGCAUGUUUGUCCAAUUUGCAUUUCUGAUCCAUUUCAUUUUUCGACGUGUCUGCUCCGGUGGGGUUGCAGAGCCGGCGGAGAGAAUAUGUGGAUUGAAGCAUCCAAAGA